ACGAACUGUAUAUAUGUAUAUUUUUAUAUAAACCCCUUUUUUUAGCCGUCACAUCUGUUGAUAAAACGACGGCGUUUGUUACCCAAGGAUAGUACCUUCCACAAGACUCUUAUUUUUUAUUAUUACUUCACUGUGUUAUCAGAAAAUCUGAAAAUUAAAAGCUUCAAAAAAAAAAAAAAAAAAGAAGGGGGGGGGGGGGGAUAGCAAUUAGAGAUGAGAGAAGCUUUGUUUGGGAUUUUUUCAUUGUUAUUUAUUGCUUAUUUCAGUGAAUUAGCUUCAUCUACCAUUGUUUUUAAGCCCUUAUCAAUUUCCUUGCCGGACCUUCCCGCCAAAUUCGCUAUUGGGAAUAACACGGGCGUUUGCGGUGCUCUUGAAGUGGCGGAUCCAUUGGAUGCUUGUAGUCCGCUCCGAAACGGAUUCGGAUCUAAUCAAAGUGAUUCUAUAAGACUUGCUUUGAUAAUUAGAGGGGAUUGUUCUUUCGAGGAGAAAAUCCGAAACGCUCAAAAUAAGGGUUUUUCUGCUGCAAUUGUUUACGAUGAUAAAUAUAGUAACAAUUUAGUAUACAUGAUGGUGAAACCUAAAGGAAUCAAAGUGCUAGCUGUUUUUGUUUCUAAAUCUGCUGGUGAAUUUUUAAAAGAUCAGGCUAAAGGUGAAAAUGGGGAAUGCUGUAUUUACCCACCAUUGAAUGGGAAAGCAUGGACUGUUUUUUCUAUUUGUUUCCUAUCACUUGUUGUUAUAGCAGCUUUCUUGGUGAUUGCCUUUGUUGCUCCUAGAAGCUUGUUGAAUUGGCAACGAAGGAGUUUAGUGAGAAGUGUGGAUAGUAAAAUGGUUGAAGCUCUUCCCCGUUUUGUGUUUGGCUCGGCUCGUUCGGGUAUUGCCGGUGAAACUUGUGCGAUUUGCCUCGAGGAUUAUAAUGACGGGGAGCUUCUUAAAGUGCUUCCUUGUCAACAUGAUUUUCAUUCAAGCUGUGUGGAGUCAUGGCUGACUAAGUGGGGAACGUUUUGCCCUGUAUGCAAACUCGAUAUGACAACCAAAUUUGCAUUUUCCGAGAUCAAGCGGGGCAGCCGAGUGUAGAUUCAAUAAUCGAACAUGAUCUUUUGGCUUGGUCUUCAAAUUUGGUGUGCCGCUUUCUCCUUGCAAUGGCCAUCCCUAUCAGAAGUGUGUUUCUGCACCCUUGGUCUCUUCAAAAUCAUGCACAAAACAUUUGGGAAACGCUGAUGCAGCCGUUUAAUGUCUGGCCAUUGUAUUUACUCUCCGGCUUCAAAAUGAUUCGCUGGCAUUGUGGUGUAUAAUUUUCAACCGAAAGGGUCAAAAACCGAACAGUCUUCCCUGUAUGAAUGAUGUUCUCGUACAUGGUUACUUUCUCGUUUGGUCCAAAAUGGGUGAUUUAUGAAGAAAAGUUCCCUGGUUGGAUGAUGUAUUGAUACUAGUGUUGUAGCAAAAUAGUCAUUUCCAUGUAAAGCAUGAAACAAUAAAGAUGCAAUCAAUCAAUUCAAUGGUUCAUUAUUGCCAAAA